AUGAAAAAGGAAUUAGUGCAGGUGGAGAAAUUGGACAACCCCAAGUGGCAAUGGGUCGACUGGUCUCCUCUGGACCUGGAAGAAAACACAUCAGAGGAGCAUGAGCCAAUAGAAGAGGUGACUGCCACUGAAGGAGGACAAAUAACACUUACCUGUAGUUAUGAAACAGGCAGUCCAAGCCCAUAUCUAUUCUGGUACAAACAAGGAACAAAUGACUACCCAAAACUGGUUAUGAUAAACUGGCUGAUCCUGCAUAUUCUGGCUGCAUGCUGCUUUGGUAGCAGAGCAGAAGACAGUGUAACACAGCCAACAGAAGAUGUGAUGGCUGUAGAAGGACAAUCAACAACACUCAGUUGUAAUUUCACAGCAGAUCAAACACCCUAUCUGUUCUGGUACAAACAACAAGGGAAUAGCAACCCUGUGUUCAUGAUGAGAAGGGACCAAUAUUCAAGUGGAGAAACUGAUGGUGAAUUCGAGAACAGAUUUCAUGCCCAUCUGGAUGUCACUACAAAGUCAGUCCCCUUGACGAUCCAGAGACUGCAGCUGUCUGACUCUGCUGUGUACUACUGUGCUCUGAAGCCCACUGUGUCAACAGGAUAUACAACCCCCUUACAAAAACAUACUGUAGGUCUACACAAUGUACGCCACGGUAACAUUCUCAAUGCCCCCCUGCCACUAUCAAGUGGUAAAACACGAUGA